AUGGCGGCCGCGGCGGCUGCGGCGGCGGAGGAAGGGAUGGAGCCGCGGGCUCUGCAGUACGAGCAGACCCUGAUGUAUGGCCGAUAUACUCAGGACCUUGGGGCCUUUGCCAAAGAAGAAGCUGCCCGAAUCCGCCUGGGAGGGCCUGAGUCCUGGAGGGGCCCCCCAUCCCCUCGGACUCCCCCAGAGCUCCUGGAAUAUGGACAGAGCCGUUGUGCCCGAUGCCGCAUCUGUUCAGUCCGCUGCCACAAAUUCCUAGUGUCCAGGGUUGGUGAAGACUGGAUUUUCCUGGUCCUGCUGGGGCUCCUUAUGGCACUGGUCAGCUGGGUCAUGGACUAUGCCAUUGCUGCCUGCCUGCAGGCUCAGCAGUGGAUGUCCCGGGGCUUGAACACUAACAUCUUGCUCCAGUACCUGGCCUGGGUCACCUACCCUGUUGUCCUCAUCACUUUCUCAGCAGGAUUUACACAGAUCCUGGCUCCUCAGGCUGUCGGAUCUGGCAUCCCUGAGAUGAAGACCAUCUUGCGGGGAGUGGUACUGAAGGAAUACCUCACUCUCAAGACGUUUGUAGCUAAGGUCAUUGGGUUGACCUGUGCCCUCGGCAGUGGCAUGCCACUUGGCAAAGAGGGCCCUUUUGUGCAUAUCGCAAGUAUGUGUGCUGCCCUGCUCAGCAAGUUCCUCUCCCUCUUUGGGGGCAUCUAUGAGAAUGAAUCCCGGAACACAGAGAUGCUGGCCGCUGCCUGUGCUGUGGGAGUGGGCUGUUGCUUUGCAGCACCUAUUGGAGGUGUCCUGUUCAGCAUUGAGGUCACCUCCACCUUCUUCGCUGUGCGGAACUACUGGCGGGGUUUCUUUGCCGCCACCUUCAGUGCCUUCAUCUUCCGGGUGUUGGCUGUUUGGAACCGUGAUGAAGAGACCAUCACUGCUCUCUUCAAAACCCGAUUCCGGCUUGACUUCCCGUUCGACCUACAAGAGCUGCCGGCCUUUGCUGUUAUUGGUAUUGCUAGUGGCUUUGGGGGAGCCCUCUUUGUCUACCUGAACCGGAAGAUUGUCCAGGUGAUACGGAAGCAGAAGACCAUCAACCGCUUUCUCAUGAAGAAACGCCUGCUCUUCCCAGCUCUGGUGACUCUACUUAUCUCCACUCUGACCUUCCCUCCUGGUUUUGGACAGUUCAUGGCCGGACAGCUCUCACAGAAAGAGACACUGGUUACCCUGUUUGACAACCGGACGUGGGUCCGCCAGGGCCUCGUCGAGGAGCUAGAGCCGCCUGGCACCUCACAGGCCUGGAGCCCACCGCAUGCCAAUGUCUUCCUUACACUGGUCAUCUUCAUUCUCAUGAAAUUCUGGAUGUCAGCUCUGGCCACCACCAUCCCAGUGCCCUGUGGGGCCUUCAUGCCUGUCUUUGUCAUUGGAGCAGCAUUUGGGCGUCUGGUAGGCGAAAGCAUGGCUGCCUGGUUCCCUGAUGGAAUCCACACAGACAGCAGCACCUACAGGAUUGUGCCCGGGGGAUAUGCAGUGGUAGGAGCAGCAGCACUGGCGGGAGCAGUGACACACACAGUGUCCACGGCUGUGAUUGUAUUCGAGCUCACAGGCCAGAUUGCCCACAUCCUUCCCGUCAUGAUUGCUGUCAUCCUGGCCAAUGCCGUGGCCCAGAGCCUACAGCCCUCACUGUACGACAGUAUCAUCCGCAUCAAGAAGCUGCCCUAUCUGCCAGAGCUGGGCUGGGGCCGACAUCAGCAGUACCGGGUGAGAGUGGAAGACAUCAUGGUGCGGGAUGUUCCCCAUGUGGCCCUCAGCUGCACCUUCCGGGACCUACGGUUGGCACUGCACAGGACAAAGGGCCGCAUGCUGGCUCUAGUGGAGUCCCCUGAGUCCAUGAUUCUGCUGGGCUCCAUUGAGCGCUCACAGGUGGUGGCAUUGCUGGGGGCCCAGCUGAGCGCAGCUAGGCGGCGGCAGUACAUGCAGGAGAGGCGACGGGCUGCCCAGGCCUCUCCACCAUCUGAUCCAGAGCGUCCUCUCAGCCCUGACGACACUGCCGUCUGCUUUCAGGUAAACACAGAGGACCCAGGUUUUCCUGCAGCCCGGGGGGAGAGUCACAAACCCCUAAAGCCUGCUCUCAAGAGGGUGUCCAGCAACACCAUGACCCUCAGGGAGAGUCCUACAGGGAGUGGGGAGCCAGCAGGUAUUGCCCUCAGAAGCCUCUUCUGUGGGAGUCCACCUCCUGAGGCUGCUUCAGAGCUGGAGAAGUCGGAAUCAUGUGACAAGCGCAAGCUAAAGCGGGUCCGAAUCUCCCUGGCCAGCGACUCAGAUUUAGAAGGCGAGAUGACCCCCCAGGAGAUUCUGGAAUGGGAGGAGCAGCAACUAGAUGAGCCGGUCAACUUCAGUGACUGCAAAAUCGACCCUGCCCCCUUCCAGCUGGUGGAGCGCACCUCCUUGCACAAGACUCACACCAUCUUCUCACUGCUGGGAGUGGACCAUGCAUACGUCACCAGUAUUGGCCGACUCAUUGGGAUUGUCACGCUUAAGGAGCUCCGGAAGGCCAUCGAGGGCUCUGUCACAGCGCAGGGUGUGAAAGUCCGGCCGCCCCUUGCAAGCUUCCGUGACAGUGCCACCAGCAGCAGUGACACAGAGACCACUGAGGUGCAUGCACUCUGGGGGCCCCGCUCCCGCCAUGGCCUUCCCCGGGAGGGCAGCCCUUCUGACAGCGAUGACAAGUGCCAGUGA